AUGUACAAAAUUGUCUUCAAACUUUGUAUUCACAUCUUAAAUGUAACAGUACUUACUGAGUUACGUUCUUUGUGGAAUGAUUCGAAGCGAGGUAUUACAAGUGGGUUUGUGGUUUCUGGUUUCGCCGCUGGGGCAUUUAUCCUCAACCAAGCUAUAACUGCCAUUCUGAACCCAAACAACGACUCUCCUACAUUAGAGAGUAGCAGUGGAGAAAGAUAUUUCCAGCAAAAUGAUAUCCUCGACCGUGUACCGGCCAUCUUUUGGAUGUUGGGCUCCGUUUAUGCUUUCAUGCAACUGAUCGGAGUUUUGCUGCUAAAAAGACCGAAACUUAAAAAAAAGGAACAAAUUAUUACUGUGAGUAUGAAAGUUUCACUGGCGGAGCGUCAGCAAAGAGCGUCGAGUCGGCUGGAGGCAAUCAAUGCAAUGAAUAAACUGGAUGACAUCAUCGAAAGGAGAGUGUCAGAGUUAAGUGUUGCCAAUUCCGAUGGAUCCUAUGAAGUGCUGCCAGCUACGACGAUUAACAUUUCGAAAGAAGGAACUUACGAAAACGUUUCGUCUUCUCGACGAAAUUCUCUCGAUUCAGACGACGAGAACAAUUAUAACACGGUGCACUCUACAUAUUCCACGACCACCAUAGUUCCGUAUGAGUUGCAACCGGAACACGACAACCCAUCGUUCGUUCCCGACUACGAGGUGGACGACAACGUUGCGGAUUUGGACGGUAAUAAACGUGGCGUGGGUGAUGGCAACGAUAAUUCUGAUGACGAUGAUUAUAAUGACGGUGGGACUUUCGGAAACCUACGAUCAUCGCCGACUAUUUCUAGGAAGCCGAAGAAGAAGAAAUCUGUUAGUAUCAACGAAGCGUCUGAUGAAAAUAAUCCUGAAACUACUUCUGUUACUACUGAGAAUAUUAACACUGGCAACACUAUUACAACACACGACACCUUAGCAAAUAACAUUAAUACUAAUACAACGGAGACUGAUGGUGACGCCAUCAAUAUGAUGCCGAUGGGCAAGAAGCGACGCUUCAGCGGUGUUGCUGAAAAAGACAUUGAAACAAUGGGCUCCGGUGUUGCACCUCAUAAAGUCCACUUUGAUAUUUCGGCCGACCAAAGACGGAGACCAUCAACAGCCGAGAGGUUGGUGCUGGAAUUCAGAAGGCUCAGUCGACGACUAAGUGUCCCUGAAUUUGUUUUCAGAAAUAUUUUCGGAAAAUCUAACAGUCGUCGAGAAAGGCUAAUGCGGCCAUUACGGUUAUUUAAAACAAAGACAUUCUAUAAAUUAUGGUUUAUUUUCGUACUUAAUGGACAGGGAAUUGCCUUUAUGUUAACACUUUGGAAGGCUUACGGUCAAACGUUCAUCAACGAUGACUUCUUCCUGUCAACAGUCGGCGCAUGCUCAUCGCUGUUCAACGCGUUUGGAAGAAUCACGUGGGGUAUUGUGGCAGACAAGUUUACCUUCAGAACUGUUUCCAGUGCCAUCGGAGCUGUUCUCACCGUAGAACUCAAAGAGACAAUUGGUUGGGAUGGAAUGUUCUUUCUAACUGGAGGUCUCUCGAUUAUCGUGAUUCUUAUAGCGUUCACAUUUGACGCCGAGACGCCAUCAGGCGAUAAAAUUUAGCUGUGGGUACAAUACUGGACGACGUAAACCCCCUAAAUUUCAACUGCUGAGCCACGAGACGCGAACGUCACAGAAAUAUCAAGUUUAACUUCAUCCGUGUGCAAACCCAGAACAUAUUUAAACAUGUAUGUGAUAGGAAUUGAACUCCAUUUCAUGGAUAUUCAUAAUAUUCUUCAAAACGAUAGUCUUUCUGGCUUACAUGACAAAGUAAAUGAAUAUACAUACAUACAUACAUACAUACAUACA